UGGCUGCAGCGCACUGGGGCAGCAGUGAUGGCAGGCAUGACUGCUCUGCCACUUCAACAAUUUAUUGCCUCAUUGGACCAAACCUGUCUGCCAAAAAUCAUACAGGUUUGCUCUGGAGUGUAUUUCCAAGGUUCUGUGUAUGAGAUUUCUGGAAGUGAGGUGAGCUUCUCCACUGGCGAUCUAUUAAAAGUAACGGCCAUCGAGCUUCUUUCAGUUUGCUGUGAAGACAUCCAAAACCAAGAAAAAUUUGAGCUGCCUAUCAAUCACACAGGCCUGUUCAAGGUCUUCCCGGACGAGAUGCCGUACAACACGGUGGAGGAGCUGUUGAGUCUGAGGCCCGUCGGUUUGGACUCCUGCCUCCCUUUCACCUUCACCAGCCGCUCUAAGAUCACCUUAGGCAAUCUGACGCUUGGCGCCGGGAAAGCUCUGACCGUGAUCUCCAUCGAGCGGCACGAGGGUCAAGAGGAUCAGGUGCGGUGCCACGUCGAGGGCCAGCAGGAAGUCUCGGCCGAAGUCUGCAUCCCUCUGUCUUCUCGAGGGGAGUUUUACGAGUGUGAGGGAGAAGAGCGCUUCACCCUGCAGGAGAUCAUGUCCUCGCCCAGUCUGCAGAGCCGAAAGUUUCGCUAUGUCAACACCGCCAAGUGUGAACGCACGCUGGUGUUAAGUCCGGUUUACCAAGUCCACGCCAUCAUGAGCUUGAGGAAGAAUGUGCUGAAGUUCCCGUCGAGCUUGGAGGUGGAUGUGGUGGAUGUGACAGAGCACUGUAAAGACGUGGAAUUCGUGAGCCCCCUCAGUCUGACGGAGGUUUUCUCCCAGCCGGACGAGUCUUUCCCCGCGGUGGUGGAGAUCCUGGAGACCCCCAGUGCCAGCUCUAUGCUCAAGUGCAAGUGGCUGUCUCAACUCGUCAAGUUCCAGCACUUGAUUUUGCAUCAGAAGGCAACCUUGCCGAUGGUUUUACUGUCGACGUUGAGGGGCCGGAAGGUGCAGCAGUACUUCAUGGUGUCUCAGCACUACGGUGGGCGAUUUCGAAGACGACCGAGGGAGUUCAGCUCGGUGUAUGAGCUGUACGCUGCUUCCAUCCAGGCUCCAGGUCUGAGGGUCAGCGUGACCAGGAACUGUGAGGAAGUGGAGGAGGAGGGCCUGCCGGCUCUCAGCGUGGGGGAACAGCUGGAGAUCGUUCGCUGCGACAGACUAGAACUGCCUUCUGCAGGAAAGGAGAAGCAGUCUGUCGAAGCUCUUUUGUGUCGACGCCUUCAAGAUCCAGACGACGGAGAUGACGACGACGACGAAGAAGAAGACGAUGGUGCAGAAAAAGACCCCGGACAAGAGGAGACAAAUGAAGUUCUGCUGCCUCUCUACAUGCAGGGCCACUUUGUGGAAGUACUCCGGGAUAACAAGAAGUACAAACUCAGGGACUUGGGGAGAGAGUUCUGUUUGCCACUGGAUGUUAAAGUGGUGAGCCGUGACGCCGAGCUGGAAGCCGAUCCGCUGGUUGGGUUGCCAUGUCUGAGAAUAGAGGCAGCCAUGCUGGAGCCCACCCUCCAGGCCAGCUUCCCAGCCACACCAGAGCACUGCUUCGAGAUCCCGGUCCAGUGGCUCUCCAUGUCCAUGCAUUUUACCAAGAAAGCGUUGCCAUGGCCACCGGGCGAAGCCCCCCGGUGCCGCGUGGAGAGGGUGACCGAGGUGACAGACACCUUCUUUUAUGAAUUUUGCAAACAGGGCGACUCAGCGGCGGUUCCCCCGCCUCGCCCACCCAAACAAAAGCUUUCAACCGACAAACAAUCCAAGAAGAAGUCAUCCAAGGCGGAAAAAGACAAACGGCAAAAGGACAAGAGCGUCUCAGCCAAACAGUGGAGUGAUACGACUUUAGAUAAAAAGAGACGCCCGGCUCCUCCUCCGCCUGCCAACGCAGAAGACGAACCUCCGCCAAUCGUAUCUCGGAAACACGAUGUGGGCAAAGCCGCAGCCGGCAAAGCUCUGCCUAACACUUACGUAAAAAUGGAGGAGUCCAUGAAAAAAGUGUCGCUGUGUGAGGUGGCAGCAGACGUGGACAGUGACCACGACUACGAACUAGUGGAAGAUACUCUGAGUGCGAUGAUGAGGAGCGCCCCGGACGCAGCCAUGUUCUACUAGAAAGCAGGAGAUGUCCAAAGAAACGUUGAAGGGACUAAAUGCAGAGCAGAAUCCAGCCAAUGCACACGUGGUCAUUCAGUGAAGUGUAAGAUGUCGCACUGAAACACGUGUAGCGGUUUUACGUUGAAUAUCACUGAUUUCUUAUCAAGAAACAAAGCUACUUAUUGAGAGAGCUGUUAUUAGUUUCAGAAUUAGAAUAAAACUCACCUGGGAAAGCGUUUUCAGCUAGGGCAAAGAAUUGAUGUAUUUAUCUUAAGAAUAGAAUAAACAUGUGCAGUUUAUGAGGAAAACUAAUGUAAGCAUCAUUGUCAGGUUUUGAACUAGCACUCAGUCAAUCUAAUGAAUAAUAUUCAGCUUUUUUUGGGUGGGGGGGGUAAAUAACACAUUGCACUGAAUGACAGUAAAAUGCCCAUUUGAUCUUUCGUGAAAUACAGAGUUGAAAUGUUUUCAUAGAAAUAGUAAAAUAUGGAGCAUUUCAGUCAGUAUUGCACCAAUUUUCAAGAGAUUUGAAAAUAUAUUUUUCAUAUGGCAGUCUAUUUAUGCUGAUUUUUAAGUCUCGAAGUAAAGAAACAUCCUUCAGCAACUAUUCAAACUUUAGUGUGUGCCCUCCAGAGUUCAUAUUUACAGGACAGAAGACAUUUAGCCAGAUUUAAGGUUAUACUAUACUUUAUUUUAGGAUUUUAUCCUGAUGGUGUCAGAAAUAGCAAAUUUGGCAAAAGAUGUAUCUGAUGUUGAGAUUGUACGUUUAUCACCUUUUAACUUUGUAGGAAGUAACUUUUUAUUUCCCCCCUGUCUCGUGAUUAAUUUUUGACUCAAACUGCAACACAUUUUAAACUAACUAGUGUUUGAACUACUUUUCUGUAAAUUUCAACAGCAUUUCGAGGAGCUGUUUUGAGUUUUGUACACAGAAUAUUUAUCUUUUACCACACGGUGCAAAGCUGUAACAGUAAUAUAAGAGUGUUCAUUAAAUGGCUAGACUUGAAUGUGUCAUCUUUAC